UAGGAUUUCAUGUGACGCCAAAACUAUCGUCGAUAUGUCCGGAAUCCGUGGUUUUAAUGAUUUUAGGAGUAAUAAUCGGUUUAAUAAUGUUUUUUGCCGGCAUUCCAGACGACAAACUGCAACCUUUGACUCCAACCCUAUUCUUCCUGUAUAUGUUGCCCCCAAUAGUGAUGGACGCCGGCUAUCAUAUGCCCAACCGAUUGUUUUUUGAUAAUUUAAUUUCCAUUUUAUUAUACGCCGUCAUCGGCACCGUCUGGAAUGCCUUAGCGAUCGGACUCUCGCUGUAUUAUUGUGCCAAAUUAGGGAUUUUCGGGGAACCGUUACCUCUUCUCGACACUCUUCUGUUCAGUUCAACGGUGUCUGCUGUGGAUCCGGUGGCAGUACUGGCUAUUUUCGAGGAGAUCCACGUCAAUGAAGUCUUAUAUAUUCUUGUAUUUGGAGAGUCUUUGCUCAACGAUGCGGUCACUGUUGUUUUGUAUCACAUGUUUGAGGGAUACGCGGAAAUGGCAUACGAAGACGGCAUCGAAAGUAUUUUGCCGAUUGACUAUUUCGCUGGUUUUGCAUCAUUUUUCGUCAUAUCAUUGGGCGGCACAGCGAUGGGUGUCAUUUGGGGCUUUUUGGCGGCCUUUGUGUCCCGGUUCACCCAUCACGUCAAGAUAAUUGAGCCCAUAUUCGUGUUUGUCAUGGCUUACUUAUCAUAUCUAUCGGCUGAGAUGUUUCAUUUAUCAGGAAUUCUUAGCCUAACCUUUUGUGGCAUAACUAUGAAGAACUAUGUGGAGGAGAAUAUAACACAGAAAUCUCACACAACUCUGAAAUAUGCAAUGAAAAUGUUAGCCAAUUCUUCGGAGGCUAUAAUCUUCGUGUUUCUGGGCGUCUGUACUGUGAAUGACAACCACAAGUGGAACACACCGUUCGUUGUCCUCACUAUUGUCUUCUGUCUCGUCUAUAGAGCCAUAGGGGUGAUUAUGUUGACAUCACUGGCCAAUAGGUUUCGUCUUCAUAGACUCAAUAGAGUGGAACAGUUUAUUAUGGCUUAUGGAGGCCUGAGAGGUGCCGUGGCCUUUGCCCUCAUACUGGUCAUCAACGGACAGAUAAUUCACGCGCGAGAGAUGAUGGUCACCACCAUUAUAGCCGUGGUCUACUUUACAGUCUUUCUGCAAGGAAUGACUGUCGGAAGUCUCGUCAAACUGUUGAACGUCCCGCGCGCUAACAAAGGGGAACUCACCAUGAAUGAGAGGAUUCACACCCGGUUAAUGGAUCACGUGAUGGCUGGACUCGAAGACAUAUCAGGGAUGAUGAUUGGCAACUAUAAGCUCAGGGACAAGUUUCGUCACUUUAAUAACAAUUAUCUGCGCGUUUGGCUCCUGAGAGACAGCAAUGAAAUGGGAAACUCUUCGCGAAAGAUCUUCGAGACCUGUUCUAAACUCAAUCUUCAGGAGGCGCUCAAUAUAGUGAACAAACAGAACCUGUAUCUGAACCCCAACAGCAACAGUAAUAACAACUUCUUGAGUCCCAAUAAAGGUUUGUCGGCUCUGUUCCGGACCUACACUCAGACCAAUUUAGCCAAUUUGGCCGCCGAUACAGACGUGUCGGCUGACACUUCGCCCUCAACUGUCAUACCCGUGGAUCACAACAAUGGCUUCAACUUCGACAUCGGAAACCUCGCCUAUAAUCCCAGUAAUAAAGACUUGGCCGACGCAGAGAUACACCACAUCCUCAAUGACGCCAUGUUUAAGCCCAUCAAAAAGGUGCGGCGGUAUAGUCGUAGUGAUGUGUUGGAAGCGCCGGCCCCUCACCCGCCAUUCCAGCAUCAGAUCCGGAUGCAGAUCCGACAUCUGGUUAGUCAACAGCAGCACAAACACCACAAACGAAAACUGAAGAAAUUGAACAAAAGUGACAGCAAUUCAAUGACUCCGACGUCUCCGCCAAACGGUUUCCUUUCAGUCAAUAAUGACUUUCAGUUCAAUAAAUCAGACAAUUAUUUGAAACCCGAUUCGGUGUUCAGAUCCGCUGACUGUCCUCACACUGACUCCGAAGACGGAGGCAUUGAAUUCAUCGCCAGAAAGGCAUCGUUGGACUCGUCGGCCAAACAAAGUAGUGAUGCGUCGAAGACCACGACAACCACUGCGACGACGGCCACAGAGUCGACACUUCCCUGGAGGAGAGAGCCCUCCAAUCCGGACCUGUCCUCAGCACAAGUGAUACGUCAGGAGGAGUUCCCGCCAUGGAUUGACAACAAGGACUAUCUGCCACAGUAUGCGUCGCCCACUAACACCUAUUUGGGCAAACUGUCGGACCAGACCAGACCGGACCAGUGCGAGCCCUCCCUCAUGAGCACCACUCGCACGCCCACCGUCUAUGAGAUCUUCACCAUCGAUGAGAGUCGAGAGAAUGGCGACAGAAGUAACUCUGCGUCGAGUCAGGGAUCCUCUCAGACCAACAAAGAGGCCAAAAGGGACGCACAGCCGGAGGGCGUCACCAGAGGUCGGUUCCACUGCACCACCGCUUCCACACCAGACACUGACAGUCAGAGAGACAAACAGUUGAGUCCAACGGUUGCCGUCAACUUAGGCUUCGAGUCGGACGACGACACCGACGACAAGGAUGUGAUCUAUAAGUUAUAGCAAUUGUUAAGCGAUUCAUAAAUCAUUUUAAUUUAAUUAUAUUUUUAUUAUUAUAUAUAAAAAGCAUAUUUUAAAUGAAAAGCAAUUUAUAGACAAAAUAUUAUUGAAUAAAAAAUCAUUUUAUUUCAAAUCAA